AUGUAACAUUUUGUAACAGGAAUAUUAUAAUCAUUUGGUUUAUGUGGACUAAGGAACAAGUUGGUUCAUUUGAUAGCUUUCAGGCCUCCAGAAGCUUCAUACGAGUUAAGAUUGAGGAAAUCAAACAAUUAAAAGACUCACACGAAAUAGAGAUACACAUCAUCAGAUGAUAACUAAAUUCCCGAUUAAUCUUAACGAAAUGAAUUAUCGACUCAUAGAAAGACUUAAUCCCAAUAUAUCUAAAGAAGAAGGAGAUAGAUACGAAAUACUGAAGAGUAUCCAGAAUAUGAUUUUAUCAAACUUUCAGAUAAAUCAAGAGAUCAAAAUGAAGAUUUUGUAGUUACUUCCGAUAUUUGUAGUGUUACAGCCUAUUUUUUAAAUUAAAAGAAGGACAAACAAAUGGCAUGUGUCUACCUAAAUAGAAAUAGCGAAUAAAUCAUAUUAUUCAGUCACGGCAACGCUUGUGAUUUGGGUAUGAUGAUUGACAAACUUAUAAAAUUGGUCUAGUAGACAAACACCAGUGUUUUUGCUUAUGAGUACAGUGGUUAUGGAUAAAGUGAUGGAGUUAGUAAUGAUAUCAACGUUAUUCGUAAUGUUUAUACUGCCUACAAUUUUUUGAUCCAUUAACUAGGUUACAAGGCAACAUAAAUUAUAGUUUAUGGAUACAGUAUAGGAUCUGGACCAAGUGUGACCUUGGCUUCCAAUCCUUAAUAUCCAGUUGGAGGACUUAUCAUAUAAAGUGGGUUUAGUUCUGGCUUAAGGGUUAUUUCUAACAAGAUUGAUGAAACUCCCUUUUAUGAUAUGUUCCCUAAUAUUGAUAGAAUAUAGUUAGUUACAUGUCCAGUCUUCAUUAUGCAUGGGGCCAAUGAUAAAAUUAUAUCUGAUGAACAUGCAAAACAGUUAGCUAGCAAGACAAAUAAUUUAUAUGAACUAUGGAUUCCUGAAAAUGUAGGUCAUUGUGGAAUAGAAACAGACAUCCAGAACCGAUAAUAAUAUUUUCAGAAGCUCUCUAGAUUUAUUAAAUAUAUACAAUUAUUAAAUGAGAGUAUUCCAGAUUUGUUAAAGAAAAACACAGCAAUUUCUGAUGGAAAGACACCAUGCAAAUCACAUUUUUACUAAACUAAAAUAUUUUGA